CUCGUCACGCGAUGCCACUGCUGAACUGCAUUCUGCUGGUGCUUUUGUGGGAAGGCAGUACCAAGCUAUAUGUAUCAUAUGAAAAUGCUAGGACACAAAUCAAUUUAGAGCCGGACGCAACUGAUGCGCCCACGAAACUUGUCAGAAUGGGGCUCGGCCCAUGCAGAACUCGCCCCGCAAGUGAAGUGCUGCGAGGAACGCCGCCCUCCCUCUUUUCGAAGCAGGUCAAGAUGGGCGCCUACAAGUACAUUGAGGAGCUGUGGCGCAAGAAGCAGAGCGAUGUGCUCCGCUUCCUGCUGCGUGUGCGCUGCUGGGAGUACCGCCAGAUGCCCAGCUGCGUGCGCCUGACUCGCCCGUCGCGCCCGGACAAGGCCCGCCGCCUGGGCUACAAGGCCAAGCAGGGCUACGUUGUCUACCGCGUGCGCGUCCGCCGCGGCAACCGCAAGCGGCCUGUGCACAAGGGCAUUGUCUACGGCAAGCCCGUGAACCAGGGUAUCACCCAGCUGAAGCCCGCCCGCAACCUGCGCAACGUCGCUGAGGAGCGUGCUGGCCGCAAGUGCGGUGGCCUGCGCGUCCUGAACUCCUACUGGGUGAACCAGGACUCGUGCUACAAGUACUUCGAGGUGAUCAUGGUGGACCCCGCCCACAACGCCAUCCGCAACGAUGCCCGCAUCAACUGGCUGUGCAACCCCGUGCACAAGCACCGCGAGCUGCGCGGUCUGACCGCCGCGGGCAAGAACUACCGCGGCCUGCGCGCCAAGGGCCACAAGGCCAGCAAGACCCGCCCCUCGAAGAGGGCCAGCUGGAAGCGCCGCAACAGCCUGUCGCUGCGCCGCUUCCGCUAAACAGCAUCUGCCUCAUCAUCAGCUGCUGUUGGCGCCGCCUGAUUGCGAGAUUACACCAUCAACUCUUACGAUCGUCAUUCUAUUCUCUGUAACGAGGAGGGAUA